AUGUGUCCUUCGAUCGAGCAGACUAAGCCGACAGGAGCGGAGAACGGAGCCAAGAAGCCCGAGUCAAAACUCGCCAGCAUUCCGGACUGGAAGACGAUCGAGCUACCCCCAAAUGAGGUCUUGAAACACCACUACGAUGCUGUGCCACUGGGCCGUUUGGCCGCAAUGUCAACGUACAUCGACCAGGACAGCGUGAAGGCUGUCGCUGAUCGGAAAGAUAUUCAGCCGUGCUUUGGGUAUCAUCCCUGGUUCGUACACCGGUACUACCUGGGUGAGCAGCCUUCAAAGCGGGAUCACUACCUCGCGGUAUUCGCGCCCAAGAAGGCAAAGCAGGUCGCGGAGCUCGAGGCGCUGCUGCCGCAGCUGCCGGAUCCGGAAUCGUUCGAACCUCUGCUGGCGCAGAUGCGGGAGAACAUCAAGGAGUGCGGAGGAAUGGUGGGCGAGAUCGGGCUCGAUGCGACCGCGCGCGCGCGGAUCUGGCCGCCACGGGGCUCUGACGAGCCAGCGCAAAUGACGCCCUUCAAGACGGCCAUGACGCACCAGACGGCCAUCUGCAAACUCCAGCUCGAGCUCGCCGAAGAGCUGGGCGUGCCCGCCAGCCUGCACUGUGUGAAUGCGAGCGGCGCGACAAUGGACCUCCUGAAGGGUCAUCGGGGCAACGCGUGCAUUCACUCGUGCGGCGGCAUGAGCCCCGAUUUCAUCACGCAGCUUGCGCGCACCAUGCCGAAUGUCUACUUUUCGCCGAGCGUGUUGAUCACGGCCCGGCUAGGGGACGACGUUGUCCGCGCUGUGCCCCGGGAUCGCAUGCUAGUGGAGAGCGACACAAGCUCCAUCGGGGAUAUCACUCGACUCAUCUGGGCUGCUACCGUGUGGAUAUCGACGUGCAAGGGGUGGAAGCUUGAGACUGAGAAUGUGGGCGGCGAUGACGAUGACGGGGAGGUUUUCGACGAGAAAGGACACGUGCGCGAGCUCCGCGACGACGAGACAUGGACCGUGCAGACACUGGAGCGUAACUGGAACCGCUUCAUCGGAAGAUGA